AAAUAUUCAGCUCAUUGCAAAGCUUGUACAAUAUUCUACUCAAUACAAACUUUAUACGGUUUGAUAAAUAAAUAUCGCCGAACAGAGUCAACAAUGGAUGUAUUCUAUAGAAAAACAAUUGAUCGAGCAGUUUCUAUGCUGAUCGACAAAAUAUAUCCAGAAACUGAAAUGGUAUUGGAUGACGAUGUAAUUGUUCUAACAAACGUAGACAUUCGGUGCACUAAUGAUCCAGGUGAAACAGAUGAUAGUGACGAAGAAUGUGACAAUGAACUGCGGCGGAUUCUUGGCGAUGAAAGUGACUUUACAUAUGAAAGCAUGGACGAUGAUAUGAGUGAUUUUAUCGACGACCGACCAGAAGAGGAAAUGUCUGAGCAUAGUGGUGAUACAUCCGAUAAUGAAAGUUGCGCAGAAGGUGAGGAAGAUAAAGAAUAUGACAGUGAAGAUUAUAAAAGCGUAAAUGGGAGCGAAAGCGAAUCAAGCGAAUCAGAAAGCGAAAAUGAAAACGGCAAUGGCAAUAAAAAUGAUGCUAAUAGCGACAGUGACACUCCUAAUACUCCUCGUAAAAUACAUCAAACGGUCAAUUUUGUAGACAGUUCAUCCGAAUCGGAAAAAGAUGAUUCAGGCGAAUCUAGUGAUGAAAGUGAUGACAGUCCUAAAAUCAGUCCUCGUAAAAAACUUAAAUUAUGCAAUUCAAGUGAUGACGAACCAUCGGGAUGCAGUAGUGUUGAGGACACAAAUAAUUAUUUAAAUGAGUCUCCUGAGUCUCAUGUGGUGCCGAUUGGUAAUGACGCGAAUAAACAACAUGUCAACAAGUUUGGCGUUUAUCUUUUGCCAACAAUCAAUGGAAUACGGACAUGCUUGAGAUACCACGGAAGAAUUGGAAUGAAAGGCAUAAGAGGUUAUUGUAGAAAAAUGACAAAAAAACAAUUUUGCGAUCUUAUUAAUCGCAAAAGACGCUUGGAUGGAUUUACUCGAUUGAAUCUUUUGUAUGUAAAUGCACGGCAUCUAGAAAAUCGUAAACCAGAAUCGAAUUUGGAAAAAUCCGUCAGAAAACUGCUAAUCCAUUUAAUCGAUUUAUGGUUUCCACUUGGAUUACCAUUAAUCGAACAUUUGGAUAGAGCCUUGUGUUUACUUGAUGGUAUGCACAAACAAAUAGCCAUGGGAAAAGUUCCGAAGCUGGAAUACACAAAUAAAUUCUACGCUCUGAUUCCGCAUCAAGGUGACAAUAGGCGUCGCCAACGAUUUAAGGAUAUUAUUUAUUGCGAUAGUAAAAUUGAGUACGUCAAUAAAAUGAAGUCAGCAAUUGAUUGUUUAACUGAGGCCAAUAGAAGACGUGGCAUAAAUCCUUUAGAUUAUUUUAUUGACAACUGGAUCAGAGUUGAAUUAAUUGAGCUAAAUGAGGAAAAAAUAGAGUAUAAAAUUCUUAAAAAUGUUGUUGAAAAAACACAACAUGCGAAUUCUUCCAGGUAUUUUCGCGUUGCAAAUAUAUUCAAAGUUGAUAAUAUGAACGCCGAUGAAAAUGGUGAUUUUUCAACAAAUAUUACACAUAACCAUCGGUAUUUGUUGCAUUUCACAUUUGGCUGUAAUAUACUAUCCAUUUUACGCGAAGGCUUAAAGUCAGCACCAAAGCAUAUAUAUAGCGUAAAUCGAUUCCUUGGCGAUGGAAUUUAUUUUUGGGAUGCGGUUGCAAACGCUGGCUUAAAUUAUAAGUCACUAAAUACUGUUUAUAUUCUGGUUUGCCGUGUAGCUUUGGGCAACGCUAAACAAGUCAAACAACAAUAUUUAAGACACGACCAAAAAUUACAAUGGGACAACGAUGUCGAUUCAAUAUUUUGUUUGGGCGAAAAAUUCUCAUCAUCCCGAAGUGCCGAGGAAGAUCUCAAUGGAGCCAAAAUUUACUGUGGACAACUUGAAGAGAGAUCGUCUUAUGAGCAUGGAUAUUCUUUGUACAACGAAUACGUUAUAAAAAACAAACAACAAGCAAUUGUUGAAUUUAUAAUUAAACUUGAAAAGGAAUGAAUGUAAAGUUUAAGUAAGUUGAACGAGCAUUACUUUUUUUAAAACUAAAAUAAAGUUUCC